CACCGCUUGUGUUGGGCUGGAUCUCACUGAUUUAUCGUCGGGUGCCUUUCCCGGAGGAAACCCUCCCCACGAAGGAGCGAAGAGGACCAGGAGGAAGUGUGGUGGAGGGAGGUCGGGGGCGGGAGAGAGCUCGCGAUCCGCUGCUGUGGUAGUGCUGGUGCUGUUGUUGUUGGUGGUGGUGUUGGAGGUGGUGGCUGUUCGGUGCACAUGACGCGCAGGAGAAAAAAGUGCGUGGGCGGAUGAGGAAGUUGAGAGCUGGGAUUGAUGGUUCCACACCUUUUCACUGCGCUGGCACUUGAUCGCGGCAGCAACGCAGCAGCAGCAGCGGCAGCAGCAGCAGCAGUCCACCGGUUCCUGCGAUCAGAGGUGAUCCGCGCGUGGGAAAAUGACAAUCAAGUUUGUGGUCACCCUCCUCACACUUUUGUUCGCUGGAGGUGCUCGCUCUGAUUUACGGGAAUAUGGCGACGACGAUGAGGAUCAUCAGGACACCACUGUCAAUCAAAUGCUGGUGCCCAGGUCGCACCAGGAGGACGCAACGCUCAUUCUGAACAAUUUGCUCAAGGAGUACGACAAGACUCUACGCCCAGACAUCGGAGAGAAACCAACAGUCAUAGAUGUGGGCAUCUAUAUCAACAGCAUCGGCCCUGUGUCAUCCAUUGAUAUGGAGUACCAGAUCGAUAUUAUCUUCGCCCAGACUUGGGUGGACACCCGUCUGAGGUAUAACAGCAGCAGCAUGCGGAUUCUAACCCUCAACAGCAAUAUGGUCGGUCUGAUCUGGCUGCCCGACACCAUCUUUAGAAAUUCCAAGAACGCCGAUUCUCACUGGAUAACGACGCCCAAUCAGCUGCUCCGGAUCUGGAACAAUGGGAAAAUACUUUAUACUCUGAGGAUGACCAUCAACGCAGAGUGCCAGCUGCAGCUCCAUAAUUUCCCAAUGGAUGAACACUCCUGUCCUCUCGUCUUCUCUAGCUACGGCUACCCACGAGAUGAGAUUGUGUACAAAUGGAAGCGAAACUCAGUGGAGACAUCUGAUCAGAAAUACUGGAGGCUUUACCAGUUUGACUUCAUGGGGCUCAGAAACACUACGGAUGUCCUCACGACUACGGCUGGUGACUACGUGUUAAUGACCGUUUACUUCGACCUCAGCAGGAGGAUGGGCUACUUCACCAUCCAGACCUACAUCCCCUGCAUCCUGACUGUGGUUCUCUCCUGGGUCUCCUUCUGGAUCAAGAGUGAUGCCACGCCUGCAAGGACGGCUUUAGGAAUCACCACAGUGCUGACCAUGACCACGCUGAGCACAGUGGCCAGAAACUCUAUUCCUAGAGUGUCCUACGUAACCGCCAUGGACCUGUUUGUCACCGUCUGCUUCAUGUUUGUCUUCGCUGCCAUGAUUGAGUACGCCAUGCUCAACUACUACUCCUACAGUAUACGCAGACCUCCCCCAAAGAAGAGAAUGGCCUACUCGUCUUUCAACAUGGGUCCCACCCCUCGGCCUAUGAUGCCCAUGGGCAACUCCUUGUUCUGGCAUGACUAUGAUGACAGUUGUCUGCACGAGUGCCUGGAUGGAAAGGACUGCAAGAGCUUCUUCUGCUGCUAUGAGGAGUGUAAAGAAGGCGGCUGGAGGAAAGGACGGAUCCACGUCAACAUCCGUGAGCUGGAUGCCUACUCCCGGGUUUUCUUCCCCACCUCGUUCUUGCUCUUUAACAUUGUGUACUGGGUCAGCUACCUCUACCUCUAGUCUGUCUCAAGCCGUGAUGUGUGGGCACUGCUGAAACAGCCCGCGGCACUUUGCACCACGGCUUGUGAUUUGAGGUCAGUGCUAAACAUAGGGGAAGAAAUGAGGUGGAUCUGCUGUGUGGGACUUGUGAGGGACAUGCUGCCUCUGGAGUGAUAUGACGUAUUCAAAAAUACACGUGUGCUCGGGUGCACAGUGUAAAGGCCAUGAUACUUUGAGCAGUGCCACUCCACCGUGAAUAAAUCGCUCAGCAGUAGAAUAACAAGCCGCCAGCAUUAACUUGAAUGGAUGAGUCCCACUUAUGACUCUCUCAGAAACCAAACAACAGACAGCUGUGACUUCAGAGACAUUUGGGAACAGGGGUUGCAGAGCUGACUCUUGGUCGUGGAGAUGGCGAAGCACCCAUAGUGCCUUCUUUAGAAAGGGUGCGGCACCGAGAGAAGCAACUUCAGAGUUCCCUUCAUUAUCUUUAUUACCUCAUCCAUCACACCGCCGCAUGCUGAGCUGUUUAGUCUUUGAUGAAACAAACCCAGAACACAGUUCUCACCACUGGAGAUGUUUAAAAACCAACGCUCACCAUUCAUUUCGUAGCACAUUAGUUUUAGUUGUACCCUAGAAUUAGUUCCCUUUUUGAGAAUAGUUGUUUUCUUGUUCUUCUUCUUAUUGGAACUAGUUGUUCUUUCACAGCAGGUCACAUCAGCUGUUACUUGUUAAAUAUGGGUUCCAGCCAGGGGCAGUGGUUGUAUGGUAAAAUCUUAUUUAUUGAGUCAGUGACUGUUUUGUUGAACAUGACUAUUUUGUUUGAACAUGCCGUUUACAGUACAUGCCAAGAAGAUUUGGGAGUUUUUAAUGAAUGCUGGGCUAUAUUCGCACACAACAACUAUAUAAAAACUGCAUAAUGUCUGCAGACUGAUCUAAAACUACCUGGGCAUAUUUUGUAUGUUGCAGUAAACAGAUUGGGGUUGGAGUACUGCUGCUUUUUUCCAAGAACACACCAGUUUAAAAAAGGGGGUUUUUUUCUUACUUAAAUAGACUUUGAGUUUUUAAUAUAAUUUAUGCAUUACUUAGGCUUAAAGGAAAAAUUGGAUAUUUCCAAAAUUGUACUUUAUAUUCUCAAAUAAUGGUCUUUAUUUAGCUCUUUAUUUAGUUUACUGGUAGAAGACUUUUGGGGCUUGUAGGUUUAUUUUAGAGAGAAGUUUCAAUUCCAAAUGUAUCGUUAUUCUAGUAAAAGCAAAAUGAAUUUAAUGCAUUUACCUUUUGUCUAUAUUGGUUCUAUGUAUAUAAUUUAUAACUGAAAUAGAGUAACAAAAUAUUAACUGGCCUUUUUCCCUGAAUGACAUUAUCCCUCCUUAUUUUUUAUGAUCCAACAAUUUACUUGUGCUUCUUUCAGGAACACUUACUUUAGAGAAUGAAUAGCAUGACUUUCUUUGCCAAGAGUUCAUUGAGGAGACUAAUUAAUGUCUGAAUGUGAAAUUAGCAGCCAGUAGCUAGCAAGCCUGAUGCAAACACUGAAACUUGGGAGAAGCAUCCAGAUCUGCCUAAAGGGAUAUCUGCCAGGACCUGUAAAACUUACAGUUUUUGGACUUGUAAAUUCUUCGGCAACUAAAGACAUAAGUUAGCACUUUUACUCUUUAGGUUAAACAGUAACUAGUUAGUUUUACAUAGAGCUAUUAAACAAACUUUAGUCUUUUUGUUUUUUUCUGAGUUGACAGUUGUUAAAUACAGUUUAACAUUUGGCAUACCGAAAUGAGAAUAUACACUGUAUAUAAAAGCUAGCCAAGGGCCACUAUGAUUGGUUCAAGUUCAAUGUUGAACACAGUUCUCACCC